UUUCGUGUGUGACGGAGAAAGAGAGGGAGCUAUACAUCUCUCUCUCUCUCUCUCUCUCUCUCUCUCUCUCAUUCCACCUCUCUCCCGGAGUUUGAAUCAAAUGGCGGACGAACCUGCGUUGACUCGCUGGUCCUUCCCGGAUUUUAAGUUGUUUUAUGAUAUGAAGUUUGGGAGGAAGAAGGCUCCUGCAACUGAGAAUGGUGAUGCCGUACAAAAUGGAAAUUCUUCGACUGUGACUGCAAAUGGAAAUGGACAUGUGCGGAACACUGCAGAAUUGUCCAUUUACGAGCAAUAUAAUCAGGCUAAUGGAGGUGCAGCACACUCUAAUGGAGUUAAUGGAGUUCAGUCUGUCGGAGUAGUUGGAAAACCGCAAAGAUCUCUACUUCCCCCUUUUGAGUCUGCAGAAAUGCGUGCUUUAGGAGAAAGUUUAAGCAGGGAUAUUCUUCGUGGUAAUCCAGAUGUAAAGUGGGAGAGCAUUAAAGGAUUAGAGACUGCCAAGCGUCUACUAAAAGAAGCAGUUGUCAUGCCGAUUAAAUAUCCAAAGUACUUUAAAGGUCUUCUAACUCCAUGGAAAGGUAUCCUCCUUUUUGGCCCUCCAGGAACAGGAAAGACGAUGCUUGCGAAGGCAGUUGCAACCGAAUGCAAUACCACAUUUUUCAAUAUCUCAGCAUCGUCAGUUGUCAGCAAAUGGCGUGGUGAUUCUGAGAAAUUGAUAAAAGUGUUAUUCGAGCUCGCCAGGCAUCAUGCACCUUCAACUAUCUUUCUAGAUGAAAUUGAUGCAAUUAUCAGUCAACGUGGGGAAGCACGUAGUGAACAUGAAUCUAGUAGGCGUUUAAAAACAGAACUGCUCAUACAGAUGGACGGUUUGAAUCGGACAGAUGAACUUGUAUUUGUUCUGGCAGCAACAAAUCUUCCCUGGGAACUGGAUGCAGCAAUGCUUCGUCGUCUUGAGAAGCGGAUCCUCGUGCCCCUUCCGGAGCCAGAAGCAAGGUGCGCCAUGUUUGAGGAAUUACUACCAUCACUGCCUGAAGAGGAGCCACUUCCAUAUGAUUUAUUGGUAGAAAAGACAGAAGGUUUUUCCGGUUCUGAUAUUCGGCUGUUGUGCAAGGAGGCUGCCAUGCAACCAUUAAGACGUUUAAUGGCAAAACUUGAAGAGAAAGAAGAAGUGGUGCCUGAGGAUGAGUUGCCCAACGUUGGACCAAUAACUGUGAGAGAUAUUGAGAUGGCAUUGAAGAACACUAGACCAUCUGCACACCUUCAUGCGCCGAGGUAUGACAAGUUCAACUCAGAUUAUGGCAGCCAAGUGCUCCAGUGAAGGCACCAGCUCUAUCCUCUUCCGUUCUUUAUUAUUCCUUUACUGUUUUCCUGAGCUAGUCAGCAGUACGCCAGCGCAGAUGUUAAUUUGUGAACUUGUCGUUUUUGUGAAAUGUAUGACUAUGUGGUACUUUGUGCAUUUAGCUUCGGUACAUCCCUCUCCAAUAAAAGUAGUCUGCUCAAUUUUCAUUUU